AUGGCCCAAUGCCCAUUGGGUACAGACCCCCCCGUACCCCACGAGAAUGGCUGCCCCCGAACCCUCCAAAUAGGACCCCAUUUGCCUACUCCUUUCGAAAAUACAACUGCUGAUGUCAAUAGAGAGAUUAAUGAAGGGUUACACCACUUACCGUACACCGAUACCCGAGGGAGGCUGCCCAAGACACAGAACUCCGGGGUAAUUAAGAGCUGUGUCAACCCUUUACAAACUGACAGCCAGCCCUACAAGACAGAUUGUCCUGUCCCCCUCCCAGUUCCUGAUGCCUGCUCUCCCAUAAGGUCCAGUUGGGAGGGUUUAAUAUCGGAAAUUUGGGAUCACAUGUUAUGUGAUAAGCAAUAA